AUGAUCUCAGAAAACAUGGAAGCUCAAGAUCAGAUGGAGUUAAAAUACAGUGCAAGUGGUGAGGUGGGUGGCCUGGAGCUAUGCAUUGUGUGUGGUGACAGGGCUUCUGGUAGACAUUAUGGUGCUAUUAGUUGUGAAGGUUGUAAAGGCUUCUUCAAGCGCUCAAUACGCAAAAAAUUAGGCUAUCAAUGCCGUGGAAGUAUGAAUUGCGAAGUAACGAAACAUCACCGGAACAGGUGUCAAUACUGCAGGUUGCAGAAAUGCCUUGCAUGUGGCAUGCGGAGUGACUCGGUCCAACAUGAGAGGAAGCCGAUAGUGGACAAAGCAAAGGGGGAGCCAAGAGAUGCAACCAUGCAUGAAAGACCAGGAGCCGUCUAUUCAAAGUUGCUGGGUUUGGCAGGACAGGCGCAGGCUGCACAGAUCAAUCCAAAAGAGGAGCCCACCGAUGCCUUCAGUGCCGUUUCGCCUUCCGCCCCUGCCUUGAACUUUGCAUUAGCUGCAGCGGUUGCCUUCAACAAAGGCAACCCAGUCUCCCCGUACCUCAAUCCUGGCGGCCAGGGCGAUAUCGAGGGCGCCAGGAGACAACAGCUGAUGCUGCAAACGCAGCUGGCGAAGAACCUCUUCAAAAUGGGCCAAUUUGGUGCGAUAAACGAGUACCUGCAGUCAGCGUACGGUGCCUCCCCACCAGAGGUCCCCUUGCCAGGAUUGCACGCAGCUGACACGCAACAGUCUGAAGGUUCGGAAGCCGGAAUCCUCAGCACGGCGGAGUCGCAGCGGCUGGCGCUGAGCCUGCCGACGGGCGCUCCGCCCCCCCUGCGAUUACACGCAGCCUGCGAGGCGGGCGCCCGCUUGCUGCACGCGCUCGCUCGCUGGACCCUCGCGAUACCAGUCGCCGCAGCGCUGCCGUUCGAGGUCCAGGUGACGCUGCUGAGGAAGUGCUGGCCGGAGCUGUUCGCUCUGGGGCUGGCGAGGUGCUCGCAGCAGCUGCAGCUCGCCGCUCUGCUGCCCCACCUGGCGGCGCACCUGCACCGCGAGCUGCGCGCCAGGAGGGACCCGCACGCGCGCGCUCACAACGCGACCCCCGCACGCGAUGGGCGCACCCCUGAGAUAACAAUAGCUGACUACUCAGAUGAGCGCAUAUCCGAAGUCAGCACUAUGCUGUCUCGCUUGCACCAGUUCAUCAUGAGCAUGGAACAGCUGCGAGUGAGCGAGAGGGAGCAUGCCCACCUAAGGGCACUGUGCCUGUUCUCACCAGACGGCGUACCGGAUUUCCUUACACGCAAGCUGCAAGACUAUCAAGCUAAAGUACUCCGCUCCCUCCGCAAUAUAUGCCAACCGGAUGACGACAGGGCUGCCAUGCUGCUACUACAGCUGCCGGUCCUCAGAAACUUCACGGGAACCUUCAUAGAGGAUGUCUUCUUUGUCGGUUUCGUUGGCGAUGUCUCCAUCGACGAGAGUUUAGGGUUGUUAAAUAAUUGUCAUAAUAGUAAAGUUGCGUCCGUGAUUGCAAAACUGAAAAUCAACAGAAGCUAUAUCAAAAGAGAAGAUCUUAAAAUUUGUGUUAUUGGUGCAGACACAAAAACAGUCAGAAGAGUACAAGGGCUGCAGAAAACUUCAAAA